UAAGCCCUCUAAACAGAUUUUUGGGCUGCACUGACACACAGAAGCAAAUAGCAAGUGCUCAGGGAGGAAAACAAAGCAGCGAAAGCCGUUUUUCUGCUGGUGAGAGGUGACGGUGCCCAGCAGGAACACCCCUGAGGAGGUGAUGGGGAGCUGGCGCGGGACACAGGGCAGAGGGGCUCGCACGGAGCAGCCGGCUCAGCCCGGCUCGGUGCCCCUCGGCACUGGAAGCCUCCCCACCCUGGGGGGGCACACGGCAGCGCCUGGCCACCGCUGCUGGCACCGGGGGCGAGGGAUGGAGCGCGGGGCAGGCGGGGGGGCAGAGCUGCCAGGGGGGUGGCGAAAGGGGGGAAGAGGCUGCGCUGCCCACCGAAACCACGGAGCGCAGCCCGGCAGCAGCAAAGGCAGUGGCCAGGCCCCCCCACACCAGCAGCUGAGACACGGGGAGGAGAGCGAGUCCCUCCAACAGGCUGUGCCGCAUCUCCCGCUGCCCGGGGCAUCAGCCCUACGCUUCAGAUUCUUCCCAGUGAUUUCCACACGGCCCAUAGCAAGCUGGUCGCCCGUGGGGACUGCAGGGCUGCUGCAGGAAGGGGGGCUGCAGGCGGCCCCCCCACUGGCAGGGAAGGCUGGGGAAGAUGCUAGUGAUGCUCGACUGGAUUGCUGGGCUGCUUAUGCAGCCUUCCCCAUGGCAGAGGCUGGCAGCACUGCCACCCCCGCAGCAGCACCCAGCUCCCACCGUGGGGGCCUGGAAGAUGUGGUACAGCACAGGCCAGGCAAAGCGCAGGGGACACGCGGAGCAUCCCCCCAGGCAGACAGGUGUCAGGACCUGCCAAAGCAACACGGGGCCCCAGUGGCAUCAGCCCCCCACCCCACAGCACCCCAGCCCCAUCUGCUCUGUGGGGCUGCCCCUGGGGCCCUCAGGGCAGGGCUGAGCUCUCCACAGCCCCCUGCCAUGGGGAAGCACCCGCCAGCCGGAGAUGAGCAAGGAUGGACUUCUGGGACAUGGGCUGCGGCACUCAUGGUGCUGCCCACCACCACCCAAGGUAAGGCUGUCCACAGGCCACAACCCACCGUCACUGCAUCGCAGUGUCAGGACACCCCUACCAAUCUCCCCAUGCAGCCAAGCAUCACGAGGGCGAGUCCUGGCGCUGCGCUGCUCUCCAGCAUGUCUCCAGUUGGGCUGGGGGCAGCCGUGACCCUCCCUGUGCCACCACAGCACCAGUGGUGGUGAGCUGAAGAGCUGCUGCUGGUGGAUGCAGAUCAUGGCCUGGCUUUCGCUUGCUUCCCAGCGGGAGCUGCCAUCUGGGACACUGGCUGCCUAUGCUCAACAGCAGCUCCAGCUGCGCAAGGUGGGCUCCUACCCUCCACCCCGUCUCUGACCUGGGGGGGGGCUCAGGAAUUGCUCCUGGGCCAGAGGCUGUCAUUACUUUUCCCCUCCCUGGGAAGCAGGGACCACAUGCCAGGGCUCCUGGCCAAGCCCCGCACAGAUGUGGUCCGUAUCCCAGUCUCUGGAAGCCUCUUGGAUGCACUGGGGCUGAGGGUGCUUCUGCCUGGGUCCAGCACAGCUUUCAUGGGUGUCCAGAUGCCCACCUUCCGCUCCCCCAACACCACCCCUGCAGGAGACCAGGCUGGGAAAGGUGACCUGACUGUGCAGGGACCAGUCUUCUCCCCAGCCAGGAACCUCACUGACAUCUCCUGCCUGACAGACAACAAGGCAUACA